UGACGAUUGACAGGGGGUGUAACCAUAGAUAUUAUGGUGUAACCAUAAUCAUACGACAUCGACACGAUAACUUUGAAAAAUGGCAACCGUAAGCCAAGACGUAGAAGAGCUGACCUCUGUAUUUCAAGAACUUCAGAAAAUUUUGGACAGCAAGCACGCACAUUUGUUGCAGCAACUAUAUCGUCUUCAUGAUGAGAAAAGGAAGCAACAAGAGACUAUCUCUACUCUACGGCUGGAGUUGAAACUAAGCCAAUCUCAAUCACAACAAUUAACAUCAAGAAAGCAGGAAUACAAAGACCUGUAUCUAAAGAGCAGAGAAGAAAUAGAAUUGUACAAGCAAGAAUUAAAGAAAAGUCAAAGGAAAAUUCAAGAAUAUGAAAAUUUUUAUAAGCACUUGGAAGGCGUCGAAUCAAACCUUGCCAAACAAUUGGAGGCCAUUCAAAAUAAAGAGAUAGAACUUGAUGAAAGAGAAAAAAGGUUACAAAUUCAUAGUGAAGACCUUAACUCAAAAAAGAAAGAAACUGAUAAAACAAAAUCCCCCCCUGAUGAACAAAAAAGACCAUUACGGAGACGCAGUUCAUCAGUGGACGGAAGAAAAAGAUUACCUAAAAAGCCACAAUAUGGAGUAAUACAUCCAGGCAGCAUAACUCAUGAUACCAUUCAGCAGCAAUUUAUUGAAUAUUACACAAAGCACAAACGACAGUAUGGAUCACUACUGAGUAAGCAUGGAAAGCAAAGUGCUUCUAUACUUUGUCACAUAAUGCAGAUUGCCUUUGACAAAAGCAAGAACAAAAUAAUAGAAGUAGUUCAACAAACAAUUGAAAAGAAACAAACAGAUCAUGAAGUUAUUAAAGCAAUUUCUCUGUUAAGGAAAAGUCGCUUAGUACUUAAUAAUGAAGCUGAUAUCUUAGAAAUAAAGCGCUUGUUUUUACUGCCUAUUUAUACCAAGGAAUAUCAAGGCAGUCCAGGAGGCUGGGAAGAAAAAAAAUAUGCGUAUUCUAUUCUACUUAAUUCUUCUGAUAUCAACAAACAUGCAAUAUGCGCUACUUUAGAAAAAGAAGUUACUGAUGAAGUGCUAAAGAUGCUUACUAACAUUGAUCAUAUCAUAGCUGAUAUGGUCAAGAAGGCUGCUCAAUUAUCGUGGGAUAUGGUGACUUUAGUACCACCUGCUAUUGUAGCUCAACCUCUUGAAUAUUAUGAUGAAUGGCAAGAAAAAAGAUAUAGUUAUUGGAAAGAAGAAAACACAGAUCAAGCUCUCAUCUAUUAUCGUCCUGUUGUGUUCUUUAGUGCUUUAGGUCAUGUGGCAUGUAAAGGAGAAGUGGGAAAUAUUUUGCCAACAGAUCUGGCUGCACGAGAUAGCAUACAACUUCCUAAGACACAACCCUUAACCAGACCAGAGAGCUUAAAACCUCAUAACCCUUGUGUUGGUGAUUUGGGAAAAAAUUAUGGUAUGAAGAGGCUUAACUAGUUGAACUAGCUCAAGCAAUUUUAUAUCAAUAUGACCUUUAUUAUUAUUUAAAAUUUGAGUGUCAAUUUAAGCAUUAUUAGCUUUUGCAUAAACAAUAACAAAG